UUCAUAAAAUGUUUUGAAUAUUUUGGACCAAUUCAGACUUUGUGGUUGGGGUAACUAGUGAAAGCCUUAAAUCAUCCGGAAAAGGAACGCUAUUGACAGUGACGCUGGCCUACUUGGUGAUGGUGUGGUUGUGAGGACCUGGACUACAAGGAAGGCACAGAAGACGACAGGCUGGGAAGCACUGAAACAACCAUCAUGCUCAGGAACUGCGCUCUCAAUGUUAAGGACAUCACUGACUAGCUGACCUCUUAUAGGGCCCUUAUCCCCUAAUUGUUGACUUCAUAGGAGGGCAGAAGUAGACACACUAACAAAUGCAGUAAGAGGGAAAUAAUUUUCACCCACAAACAGACACACUCUUGAAUUGAAACCAUGGUGGAUAACCGCUACGCUACGGCCCUGGUCAUUGGCUCUGUUCUGAGUCUGCUGGCCACUGUCUAUCUUUCCAUUGCUGUGGGAACACAGCACUGGUACCAGUACCGAAGUCCGCCCGGCAACCAUGAGGCCAGCAACGCUUCGGAGCUCCGCGAGGACUUCAUCAACGGAGAGUUUGAUGAAAAGACCUUUAGCGACACGCUGUUCCACCUCAACGGCACACUGGGGCUGUGGUGGAGGUGUGUGCAGGCACAUGCGCCAGGCCAGUCAUACUGGUUCAAAGAGCCUGAUCCUAAGAUGGUAACACAGUGUGUGAGCUUCACUCUGCCUCAGCAGUUUGUACCCAAGUACAAAGACCCAGGGAAUCACAACACUGGGGAGGACGUGCUUCGGACAUACCUGUGGAGGUGCCAGUUCCUGCUGCCUCUGGUGUCCCUAGCCUUGGUGUUCCUCAGCGGGCUCAUCGGUGUGUGUGCCUGCCUCUGCCGCAGCAUCACCCCCACCCUGUGUGUAGGAGUGCUCCACCUGCUGGCAGGUCUGUGCUCCCUGGGCACAGUGUGCUGCUUCCUGGCUGGCAUGGACCUGCUCCACAGGGUCUCAGUGCGUCCCGACGGUGUGGACGGCUCCCUGGGCUGGUCCCUCUACCUGGCCCUCAUCUCCUCACCGCUGCAGAUGAUGGCGGCCGCCCUCUUCCUGUGGGCCGCCCGGAGCCACCGCCAGAACUACACCCGCAUGACUGCCUACCGGGUGGCCUAAAGAGACAGGGGUUUAUUUCAUAUGUCAGGGUUGCGUUCAGUAAGAGCAUAACGUUUUGAAAUGGAAAAUGUGAAGUUGUAGUGUUUCCAGUCACAUGUGGACUCCAAUUUGUGGAAGGUGAGAUUGUUUCUAUGAAAUGGCUACGUUUCUAAACAUUUUACAAACUGCAUGUUUUACUGAAUGUGACCCUAAAUGGCAGUCUACACAACAAUGAUUCAUACUCCCGAGGGGUGUCCUACGAAGCAGAUUUGAGUAGUUAGCAAGGUAACUUUGGUCAAGUCUGAGUUCAAUUCAGGAUACCAGUCAUACGAAAGUGGCUCACCUUUUAGCCAAAUACGUACAUUUCUAUGGCAAUGAACCCUUCAGAACUAACCUGCUCCGGGGCAGACUAACUUGCAGCUAACUCCACUUAUCCUGAGUUGAGGACCAAUGAAAUCAGAUUCCCCUCUAUCAACGAUUGCGUUGUCAUCCCUUUCAUUUGAGGAAGACAAAUGAUUCAAUAAUUUAAUCAAAUGUUUUGUUUGUGUAAAAAUAUAUAUAUAUUACUUUACACAUUUAGUAAUAACCGAAUGCAUUUCAAACUUCAUGCAAUGUAACACUUUUGUAUAUAACAUCAUAAAUAUUUUGGGGGGGGGGGGUUGGAGUGGGAAGAAAGUGCUUGUGCGUUGACGAGCACACCAAAGACGGCAUUCACGAGAAGUAAUAAAACGAAGAUGGCUGGUUAAUAUUGGAAAACCCGGAGUAGUUUUAGCUUGCUUCGUUGGACACCCCUCUGCUCUUGGAAGGCCUUUGUAUGUUCGUGUCUGUCUUCGCCCAGCACCGAAGCUGUUAAAGGUCCUGAUCUGGGUCACGUUCAGGGGGGUGCAAUGUACUCAAACAUUGUGAAUAGAAAUGGGAUAAAUAGAGCUGACAUUUCUUACUCGUCAUGUCAGAGUGUCUGAAGGCUCCACAACGUUGUGCCCUACUGAACACAACUCGAGUGACUUUGUGCUGGACUGGGACAAAAGCCUGCACACUUUGGCCUCGCCAGGACGAGGCAUGAAGAGCACAGGGUGGCCCAAUAAUUCACUCUGAAACAUCUACGGAUGUACAGCGUUGUCGUCAUGACAAUCCUCCCCGUUACUAUACCUGAAUGACAGAUUUUAGGGUGACUGAAUCUUCACAACACCUUAACUACACCCCACAGGGUGGCCUAAACGAUCACUCCACCUUAAGCACAACUGUUUGACAGCUGACACUAGCCAAUAAAACCUCAAACGAGACAUCACCUGUAUAAACAUAUCCUAAGAGAUUCAUAGAGACAAGUGGUCAAUUAGAUUUUUUUACGAUUCAUUUCUCCCCAGCAGCAUGUGCUGUAUGUGCAUCAGGUAUAACAAAACCUGUGGUUGAUUAUGAGAAGGUGAGGUGCGUUUUAUACAUUUUUUCUUGAAACCAUUUGUUUGUAGGUGCAUCUUUAGCGAUGCUUUUUUUUUUUUUUGACUCCAACAACAGUUGGAGUCAUAUUUUGCCUUUGCUUCUGUUGCCAUCUCUACCAUUUAUGAAUGAAAGCUUUUUGCAUCACUGCAUGGAUAGAUAAUCCUAGCCUUUUUUGUGGGUUUUCCUCAACUAAAUAUGUUUUUUUUGUGGUUUUGUAUUAUGUGAUCUAUAGCGCGUUGUAGUGACAUGACCCCAUUUGCCUACAUGUCUUUUUUUUCAGCAGAUGAGAAUUUUCUGCUUCAUUUUGUCAUAUGUUGAUUGAAUGUCACCUAUUGGAAUGUAACCACUUCUUUGCCAUUGUCAUCCAUCUUUGUUAACUUAAACGUUUUGAAUGUAAAGACAUGUUGCCCUGUGUCGUUUUGACACCACUAUAGCUAACCAGUGUUUUGAUCUUCCUUUUGAUGUUGUGGUUUUUUUCGGUUAUGUUGAAGUUUAGUUACAAUACUUAGGUUUUCGGGAAAGCCUACUGUGUUUUGAAGCCAGCUUGAAACUACCAAUGACAAGACAAUUGACACUAACUCCAAGUACGCUUGGUAAAUGAGCACUCAACAGAUAUGGUUUACCGGGACACAUUUUAUGAAGGGUGUUUAAAUGUGUUGAAACACCUUGUGGCUUUUGUGUUUUUAUAUGUCACUAUACCUAAAGCACACUGCUUAAUUGUUUUCCAUAAGAAUAAAGUAAACCUAUGCUCA